AUGGUUUCCACACGCGCGAGAUCCCUGGAAAACCAACCCGAAUCCUCAACUGCCCCCGAUGAGCACAACACUCGAUUGCAACAGUUGAACGAUCAAAUCCGCGAACGGGAGCAGCAACUAGCUAUUCUGCAUGCGCAGCAGCGUCUUAAACGAAUUGGAAGCGCAGAUUUGCGAAGAUUCUUCUAUCGAGUCCCGACCGAUCCAGGAUACCGCCGCAGAACUGCCGCUUGA